AGUGUCUUAAAAUUGAUGUAUCUGAGCCUCCGUAGUCCAAACCUGCUCUUUGGAGAUAAAUAUACAUUAAGUUACUCUUACGCUGUGUCCUGCAUACACAUCUAUUGUAAGAGCUCGUACCAUGGAUUUGACUGGAAGAUGACCUGCAGCCCGAGCUUAUGACUGACAGAUUCUGCCGUUCACCAGGUCACAUUUGAGGUUCCACACAGGGUGACCCAUGCUUUCUGAUGAGCUUGACUCCAAACCAGAGCUGCUGGUGCAGUUUGUGCAGAACGCGUCCAUCCCAUUGGUGCAGGGUCUGGAGGACUCGGAGUCCAAACACUGCUGCCUGCCUCUGCUGGCCCCUGCUGAGAGCUCCCUGUGCACCCCGCUGGAGCUCACAGAUGGAGGCCUAAACCACGAGCCUGAGAGUUCCCCCUCCCUGACAGAGUUUGGAGGCGUGUCAGAGCAAAGCUCAUUAGUAGUCCAGACGCACUCUCACCCACGGGCUUCAAGCCCCCCGCCCAUCCUCCAUGACUUACAGCAGUCAGACAACACUUCCUAUGUCCUGCUGAACCUUGCAAAAGGCAUUACAGCCUCCUCAGAGUCCCUGAUCUUCGCCGCAGAUGGCGCCGGGGAUGAUGAAGAUGAGGGGGUCCCAUCGGGGGACUACGGAAUAGAUGGCAGCGCUCCCUGGUAUCUGCGGGUACAAGAGCUGGCACAUGACAGCUUGAUCGCCGCCACACGGGCUCAGCUAGCGAAGGAUGCCAAGGCCAGCCAGGACGCCAGAGCUGCAAGUGUCACGAACGGUGACCACACACACAGUCUGAUAGCAGACGGAGACAAACGAGACCUUUCUGCCAGAACGAGCCGCCCCCUCUCCAAGCAGAUGCGCUGCUCGUUUGAGGGCUGCUGCAAGACGUUCACCUGGCCCGCUCAUUUCAAAUAUCACCUCAAAACACACAGGAAUGACCGGAUGUUCAGGUGCGGCGCAGAAGGCUGCGGGAAGAGUUUCUACGUGCUGCAGAGGCUGCAGGUUCACAUGAGGACUCACAAUGGCGAGAAGCCCUUCAUUUGCAAGGAGACGAACUGUGGCAAGAGGUUCACCACUGCUGGAAACUUGAAGAACCACAGACGCACACACACAGGAGAGAAGCCUUUUCUGUGUGAAGCAGAUGGCUGUGGGCGAUCCUUUGCAGAGUAUUCCAGUCUACGAAAACACAUGCUCGUGCAUUCUGGUGAGAAGCCUCAUGUGUGUGGGAUCUGUGGGAAGACUUUUUCUCAGUCGGGCAGCAGAAACGUCCACAUGAGGAAGAGACACGGAGAGGAGGGACUCAGUAGUGAAAGCAGAGAAACAGGAGAGGCUCUGACACAAAGCAGCCUGCUGGAGGCAGACGGUGAGAAUGGAGACAAUAUGGUCACCAUGACAACAACUGUGGAACCCAUGAAUCUCCACCAUGCCAUGCUGAGAUCACCAGGCUCUGCAGACUCUGUGGUAGUUCUCUCUCAACCGCAUGAACUGGUGACCAUGACAACGGAGGGCCAUGCAUAUGGAGAAGAUGUAGUUGCUCUGCUGUAGUCCACCUUCACAACAAACAUCGCACACUGCGUGUUGCAGCA